UUUCUACAAUUGCAUGAUUGCUUGAAGAGUUCAUCCAAAUCCAAAAUAAACCUUGUGAUGCACUCAAAGAACAAUAAAACCUUGCAAAACGAUUAAUAUCUCCAAACCUUUCAAACCCAAUUCAUCGUAGCUCUUUCUUCUUUCUUUUCUCUAAUCCUACUACUAAACAUGUCUCUUCAAGCUCAACCACAACAACCUGCACAGGUUUACCCAGCAAAUAGUGUCACAAAUAACCAACCUUCAUCACACCAAUCAAAUGGGUCUUUUGGGACGGUUUUCAUUGUGCUUGCAAUAAUACUUGUAAUUUCUGUGGUGGCUUGUGUUCUUGGAAGGCUAUGCAACAAACGCUACAACAAUCGACACAGCCACAAUCCAAGACAUAGUAGUCAUCAUGUGAAGCCGAAUCGGCAGCAGAUCCAUAACAUCCAUCCAAGAGAAGUAGAAGAAGAAGAAGAAGAAGACAUUGAAUAUGGUGUUGAGAAAAGGAUGCCACCAACACUUGCAAGGCCUAAUGGUAAUAAUGGACAUCAUCAUGUUGGAGGCACAGGACCCCAUCAUCAUCAACCACCUCCUAAUGGUGGUAACAUCAUGAAAGGCUUUGAAAUUAAACAUGCCCAUCAUGAAGGAGAUCUUAGAGAAGUUGCAUGAUAUAAUAUGGUUUCUCUUCUAAUAAGAUUAUAUUAAUUGUGUUCAUAGUUCACACUAUUUAUAGCCAUAUAUCUUGUGCUGAUGACCAUUAAUUCUUAUACUAUAUAUUACAUAUCCCUUGUCCUGCUCUUUUCUUUAAUUUUAUUUACUUUGAUUUUUCAGCCUCUGGUUGAAAUUUUCAACUGCUUAAUGAAAAUGUAAUAUUUUCACAUCUUUCACUCCUUAUAUUUACAUUUACUAAAGUGUAAUAUUAUAUU